AUGAAGGAAGAAGGCAAUGGGGACGAGGUCGAAAACGAUCUUCGCAUCACUUUCCAAGAAGAUGGCGAGCGUGGUGCUGAACGGGAGAGGCUUGAUCGCGGCGCUCGUAGUGCAACUCGUGCUCGAUCGAUGAGCCGUGGAUCGAGCCGCAGCUCUCGGAGUCGCAUACCGCCCACAUCCCCUUACUCUGGCGUCCAAAUUGAAUACCGCACUCUCUCCAUCCAUGUUUCGGAGUCUCGCCACCAAGAUCUCGAGGGGUCGGAAGACUUGAAAGAUUCGAGGAAACGGGCUGAAGACUACUUUGCGAAUCUGACAUACCAUGAACUCGACAAGGAGCAGAUAUGCCAGCAACUGAAUGUGGCAGCCGAUCAGGGUCUCUCCGACAAUGCUGCAGCCACGAGGCUUCAGCGUGACGGCAGGAAUACUCUGCCGCAGCCGAGAGUCAACUACCUCAAAAAGCUGUUUUUCUACGUCUUUGGUGGUUUUUGUUCCAUUCUUUGGAUCGGCGUUAUCAUCUUUUUCAUCUGCUGGCAACCGUUGAGCAACCCUCCUUCACCCACCAAUCUUGCGCUCGCCAUCCUGGUACUUAUCGUGAUUAUGCUUCAAGCUUCUUUCAAUGCUUUCCAAGAUUGGUCUACCUCGCGUACCAUGAAAUCCAUUGUGGACUUGCUGCCUUCAGAGACACACGUCUUCCGAGAUGGCAAGCUCAUUAGUCUACCGGCCACUGAACUCGUUGCCGGAGACAUCGUGGAGUUGUCCAUGGGCUGCAAAGUCCCAGCCGACCUCCGACUCUUGCAGCACUCCGGAGACAUACGUUUCGACCGAUCGAUGCUCACGGGCGAACCCGACGAAAUCGAGGGAGCAAUCAAUGGAACCGAUAGCAACUUUCUUGAGAGCCGAAACAUCGCUCUUAUGGGCACUCUGGUUGUCAAUGGCAGUGGCAGGGGCAUUGUGGUGCUCACCGGCAGCCGUUCGGUCAUGGGCCGUAUCGCACAAGGUAUGGCCGACGCCAAGGAUGUCCCUACGCUCAUUCAAAAGGAGAUUUGGCGAUUUGUAAGGAUCAUCGUCGUCCUCACAAUUGUGCUCGCUCUGUUGAUCGCCCUGACAUGGACUUUCUGGCUACGCCGCGAUCACCCUUCGUACAUGACUGUGGUAGCCAUGCUGAACAACGUCAUGGGUUGUGUUGUCGCUUUUAUUCCUGAAGGCAUGCCCAUUGCUGUCUCGUUGACUCUAAUGAUGGUCGCACGGCGCAUGAAAGCUAGCAACAUACUGCCCAAAGGAUUAUCCACUGUGGAGACACUAGGCUGCGUCAAUGUUAUAUGUUCUGACAAGACCGGCACUCUUACUCAGAACGUCAUGUCUGUGGCAUCAGUCGCUUUCGCGGACGACGUAUCAUCCCCUAAAGACGUCCAGGAGGCCUUGAAGAAGCAAGACGAGGCCGCUGCACACAUGUCCAGACUCCACGCAGCUGCGUCUCUCUGCAACGACGCCACUUUUGACGUGACAACACAACAUCUACUGCCCAGUGAGCGAAAAGUGCAAGGCAAUGCAACGGACGCGGCACUUCUGCGAUUCACCGCCCUCGUCGAAAACCACGCCAAGGACGAUAUGCAGAAGAUAUUCCAAAUUCCGUUCAACUCGAAAAAUAAAUGGAUGUUGACAAUGGUCAAUGGCAGUCGCGGUCUGAACGAGAAAUCUGGUCACUACCAAGUCUAUGUCAAGGGUGCUCCCGAUGUUCUGUUCCCUGCUUGUACCAAAUAUUGGUCUUCAAAGACGGCCUCGGUCCAUCCACUUGACGGUGCGAUCCGCAGCUCCAUCAAGGCCAUCCAGGACCAACUGUCCAGUAACGCCGAAAGAGUCAUCAUGCUUUGUGAGAAGACAAUGUCCCCCGUCAACGCCCCAGGAACCAACAGCUUCAGUGACGAGGUGGCUGCCAAAGCGCUUGAGGGACUGACGAUCAUUGGAAUUCUCGGCAUUAUCGACCCCCCGCGCCCUGAGGCUAUGAGGACUGUCUCCGAGUGCCGCAGAGCCGGUGCUCGCUUCUUCAUGGUGACUGGUGACUACGGUCUCACUGCUGCGGCUAUCGCCCGAUCCAUAGGAAUCUUCUCUCAGGACGCCCACAUAGAUGACGUGCAGAGCCUCAGAGCUGAUCCAGCUGCACACUCGACAGAGCUCAGGGAGAAACGGUUGGAUGGAGAAGGCCGUAGCCUUCUGAUUGAGGGCAAAGAACUCCCAGGUUUGACUGACGAGGACUGGAAUGCUAUUUGUGAAUAUGAAGAGAUCGUAUUCGCACGCACGACACCAGAGCAGAAAUUGCGGAUUGUCAACGAAUUUCGAGAGCGAGACAACGUUGUUGCCGUCACCGGUGACGGAGUCAAUGAUGCACCUGCUCUACGUGCUGCAGAUGUCGGCGUAGCUGUGAUCACCGGUAGCGACGUUGCAAUUGAGGCAGCAGAUCUCAUCCUCAUGGAUAAGUUCGACUCCAUCAUUGACGCCAUCCGGCUUGGUCGUCUUGUGUUCCAGAACCUCCAAAAGGUCAUUUCCUAUCUCCUGCCGGCAGGCAGCUGGUCAGAAAUCUGGCCAGUCAUUGCCAACGUCUUCUUUGGCGUGCCGCUGCCCCUGUCGUCGUUUCUCAUGAUUAUCAUCUGCGUCUUUACCGACCUUUUCCUCUCUCUCUCAAUCAUCAUGGAGAAGGCCGAGUUCGACCUUCUAUCACUACCACCUCGCAACCACAAACGUGACCAUCUCAUCACGGCCAAAAUCUAUAUCCAAGCCUACCUGUUCACAGGCUUCAUGGAGACUUGCAUCGCACAUUCCAUGUUCUUCCUGUACUUGUGGCGCUAUGCUGGCAUGCCCGUCAGUGAGCUCUUUUUCCUCUUCGAAGGCUAUUCGGAGGGAUAUCGCGGGUACACCCAGGAUCAGCUCACCCACUUUAAUAACGUCGGCCAGUGCGUCUACUUUGUCACGCUUGUUAUCCUGCAGUGGGGUAACAUCCUGGCCGUGCGCAACCGCCGCCUAAGCCUUGUGCAAGCCGAUCCGGUGACGAAGCCGAGACGAAACCCCUGGUUGGUCGUGAGUAUGCUGAUCAGCCUGGCGAUUGCCGUCUUUGUGACCGAGGUGCCCGGUAUCCAGAGCCUCUUCAACACGGCGGCUGUGCCGAUCGAGUUCUGGUUCAUUCCGAUACCCUUGGCACUUGCGAUACUGUUCAUGGAUGAAAUCAGAAAACUGCUCGUCAGGACGUUUCCUGGCGGGCCGAUCGCCAGGGUCGCUUGGUAA